AUGGACGAGCCUCCGGAUGUGGCCACGCUGGUCGCCGGCCUUGUCGCUGAGAGCGAGAGCGCGAAGAAAUAUGCGGUGUAUAAGUUGAAGGGACAAUUGGGAGAUCCGAGUUUCGCGGACGCAUUCAUACAGUGCAAUGGGUUGCCGCCGUUGAGGCAGGCGGUACUGGAUACAAGUGGGAAUACGCAGGCGUAUGCGCUCGGGAGUUUGAAUGUGCUGUUGGAGCUGGAUAUGGGGUGGGAGUGUAUAGAUGAGGAAGUUCUGGACAAGGCACUUGCGCUGGCCAUCUCACAUCCUCUGGUCAACAUCGUGCGCAACGCGCUACAUCUCCUGGUCCUAAUCGUCUCGCAACCACUGACGACCGGCAUCUCUGAUGAAGACGCGCAGUCUGGAUUCGUUGCGCUGAAGCCGGCGCUGGACAAUCACCCGCAAUUUCUGGAGUCUCUGGUACAUCGAUUGAGCGCGUCUGAUCAUGGCCUGUGUGCGAAUGCGCUGCAGCUGGUCAACGCUCUGAUGAACGAUGCCAUCGUCAAUGGAGGCGAGCACGAAUGGCCCAAGUUCAUCAAGAAGUUGCAAGAUCUGGGAGUUAUUGGAGGAGUGGGUAUGCUCAUGCGUGGUGAUGCAGCAAGCGACGCCGACAGUCCUCUAGCAACAGCCAUAUUGGAGUUUCAGAGCUUGACGAAGGUCCUGCUGAGGCAAUGGAGAGAUGUAAUGGUCAACAUGGAGCUACCUGAGCACAAGAGGGCGUUGAAGACGAUCAACCUGCUGAGCAAGCCAGAGCCCUACAGCCCGCCACCAGCGGCCAAUGGAGUGAAGCCCAGGAAGCACCACCCAGAAAAGUGGCGACGGUUGGGCUUCGAAACGGAAUCUCCUGCUUGGGAAUUCGACGAGACUGGCUACCUCGGCAUGAUGGAUCUGGUGGAGUAUUGCAAACGCAACGAGGACUCUUACGUUAAGACGUUGAUGGAACAAGCGAGUCUGCCACGCGAGCAACGGUGUCCGAUCGCACGUGCAAGUUUGAGCGUUACCUUAAUACUAUACGAGCACUUCGAGGUCGACGAUGCGGGAUUCUCCAGUGCUAACAAUCGCAACAACAGUGUCUCAGGCAGGCUGAUGCCCAGCGUCGACAACUUGUACAAGCCACUACUUCUCCAAUGGGGUCGCCUGCACACUGCUGCGUUGAAUGCAUUAAUGCGGCUCUGGAAGGACGCCGGCGCCGAACACGAAGACUUCUAUAAGAUGGAAGAGGUUGUGCGCAUCAUAGUGGAGAGAAUCGUGGGGUCGACGGGUCGCAAGACGGAUGUAGGUCGAGUUGAGGAAGAGCUCAGACGAGUCAGUCUUGAGACAGCCAGAAGAUGGCAGAUGGAGAACCUAAAUGAGGUCUAUCAAGACGCGUGGGGUCCACAUCUCGUACAAGUUCGCGAGCAGCUGCAUCAUGAGAGCAUGCAGUUCAUGGAGGAACAGCGCAUUCGGUGCCUACUUCAAGGCUCGUGGUUCCCAACAUCAUCGCAGGCUUCGGGAGCCGCAAACUGGCGGUAUGUGCGUUUAAGCCACAACAGGAAAUGGCUGCACUAUCAGAACUACUCCGCCAAGGGCGAGGGCGAACCACCGCUGGCAGACCUGCCUGAGCAGAUUGAUCUCAACGCAGUCACGUCCGUCGAUAGCAACGUGUCGGCAUCCGAGCAGCCUAUCAUGAAAUCCCAAAACGACAGCACAGAAACCCUCAAGGACUCCGCACGCGACUCCGCCAAGGGGACCACAACAAAAAUAACAAUCCUAGGGCUCCUCUCCCCAGCAGGGUCUAGGAGCGCCGAGGCGGAAGAAGGCGUGCUGUUGGAACUGUUCCCCCAGACCUCCUAUCUAGCAUCGGAAUGGUUGGACGGACUCCUAAUGUUAUUGGACCAACGACCAAUUACCAAGAACACGACGCGGCUGAUCGAGAUGAUGGAGGACUGGGGGGUGAGAUUGCGGAUGCUGAACCUUCGCUGGGAGGACGUGGAUUGGGAGGCUCUAGAAUUGUCCGUAAAAGGAGAUGCCGUGGACUCCAAGGCAGUGCCGAGCAGGGAAGGGGUGGAUGAGCAGUACUGGUACGCGUUGCCGGACGAGGUUGAGGAGCCCUAA